GGCAAACAAAAAAAUUACAAGAUAAAUCGACAUAUAAAAGUUCGACAGAAAUUAAUUAAAUAAUAUUAAAAAUGGGUUUAUCUCCUGCAGCAAAAGAACGUGCAUCGAUUGUAUUUAAUAUUUGUAGAGUGACUUUCCAUUAUGGAUUUAUUCCGACGAUAUUAUAUCUCGGCUUCAAAAAGGGAUCUGACAAUGGAAUGCCGCCUUUGAGGAUUUUCAAUUUACUAUGGCAAUAAUUAAAUCAAUGAUGUCUCCCGUGUAGCACAAAA